UCAGGCUGCCGCUCUAGCGGUGAUAUGCGCUUUCCGGGAGAAAGCCGGGAAGAUGGCGGCCUCCUGGAGGCUUCGCUGUGACCUGCCGCUGCUACGUUACCUCCUGGGCUUCGGCAGCCGUCAAAGCCUGGGGCUGGCCAAGGGUGCUGCUGCGUGGCCUGUCGGCCGUGGAGCCAGCUGGAGGUGGUUUCACGGCACUCAGCUGCUGCAGGCGGAUCCUAUUAAGAUCCUAAUGCCAUCUCUGUCUCCUACAAUGGAACAAGGGAACAUUGUGAAAUGGCUGAAAAAGGAAGGUGAAGCUGUGAGUGCUGGAGACUCAUUAUGUGAAAUUGAGACAGACAAAGCCGUGGUCACCUUAGAUGCAAGCGACGAUGGCAUCUUGGCCAAAAUAGUGGUUGAAGAAGGAGCUAAAAAUAUACAGCUGGGUUCACUCAUUGGUUUGAUGGUUGAAGAAGGAGAAGAUUGGAAACACGUGGAAAUUCCCAAAGAUGUCGGUGCUCCACCUCCAGUUCCCAAACCAGCAGUGCCUCCUCAGCCUUCUGCACAACCGCAGACUCCUAGCCCUGCCAGGAAGGAGCACACAGUAGGGACACCACAGGUCCGCAUAAGUCCGGCUGCCCGAAACAUUCUGGAAAAACAUUCAUUGGAUGCCAGCCAGGGCACAGCCACGGGCCCUCGAGGAGUCUUCACUAAAGAAGAUGCACUCAAGUUAGUCGAGCUGAAACAGAUGGGCAAGAUUACCGAAUCCCGACCAGCCCCAACUCCUCCGUCCACUCUCGCAGCAUCUGUCCCUCCCCAGGCCACAGCUGGGCCAUCUUACCCUCGGCCAAUGAUCCCACCAGUAUCCAUCCCUGGGCAACCUAAUGCAGCGGGCACAUUCACUGAAAUUCCUGCCAGCAAUAUUCGAAGAGUCAUUGCCAAGAGGCUAACUGAAUCAAAAAGUACUGUGCCUCACGCCUACGCCACUGCUGACUGUGACCUCGGAGCAGUUCUAAAAGUUAGAAAAGAUCUGGUCAAAGAUGACAUUAAAGUCUCAGUCAAUGACUUUAUCAUCAGAGCAGCAGCUGUUACUCUUAAACAAAUGCCAGGGGUUAAUGUCAGCUGGGAUGGAGAAGGCCCAAAGCAGCUGCCCUCCGUUGACAUUUCAGUGGCUGUGGCAACAGAUAAAGGUUUAAUUACUCCAAUCAUAAAAGAUGCAGCUUCUAAGGGCAUACAGGAGAUCGCUGACUCUGUAAAGGUUCUGUCAAAGAAAGCAAGAGAUGGAAAAUUGUUGCCUGAGGAGUACCAAGGAGGAUCUUUUAGUAUUUCCAACUUGGGCAUGUUUGGCAUCGAUGAAUUCGCCGCAGUGAUCAACCCGCCUCAGGCCUGUAUUUUGGCAGUUGGGAGAUUUCGCCCAGUACUGAAGCUCAGUGAAGAUGAAGAGGGGAACCCCCAACUGCAGCAGCACCAGCUUAUAACCGUCACAAUGUCAAGUGACAGCCGCGUGGUGGAUGACGAACUGGCCACCAGGUUUCUUGAAAGCUUCAAAGCAAACCUAGAGAAUCCCAUGCGGCUUGCGUAGCCCUCAGAGGGCAGCCGCCCAUUGACUGGCUGGGAGGCAGAGACAUGAUUGGGUGUUAAGUAUGGAGUAGAUGAAAUGCUUAUUUAUUUGAGGCGAAAGCCUUUGGCCUGAGCUGGCUUCCUGUUCCCAUUAUUUUCACUGUAGAAAUGUUUGAUGAUAAAUUGUAACUAAUAAAGACAGUUUGUUUAGUCAGAUGCAUUUUAAGCUCAGAUGCAUUUUAACCUCUGGUGCUGUACAGAAGGGUAUUAAACGGAUGUAAGCCACAUCCAUGUUUGGUUCAUUUGAAAUUUGGGAAUAAUUGUAAAUAUAUAAUAUUGUAAAACUUAAAAAAAAAUCUUAGAACUCUCCCUUAAUCGUGUUGAAAUCACAACUGGGCUUCAAAGAGAUGUCUGUCCAUAUUGGGACCUCUCUUUUUUUUUAUAAGCAGUGCUCUUGAUAUACUUGAACAAUUUAAUAUGUACAGUUAGUUUAUUCCAGAGUAGUACGUAAGUAUUACAUUUUAUUAGGGGUUGUGACAACAUUAUUAAACUUUGUGUAUAUAAAGCCAGGUGUCUUAGCUAUAUAUAUUUCCAGUCUUUUCACGUCUGUGAUACUGUGAACUUCUAAAGAAUACAAUAAAAAUGAAGAAAGAGGAAGAAGAACAAGAGUUGAUUGUCCAGAGACCCUACCUCGUAAAAGUUGGGGGACAACUGGGUUUACACCUGUAACCUCAGCAUUUAAGAGACUGAGAAAGGAGGAUCACUCAUUUAAGGCCAGCUGGGUUACACACUGAGGCCCCAUCUCACCGAGGGGGCUGGGAGAGCGUUUGUUUGUUUGUUUGUUUGUUUGUUUGUUUGUUUUUGGUGUUUUUUUCCCCAUGAAAAGCUGCAUUUGAUCUAAACUUCAACAGUGAGCUCUUCACAUUCAUGCUGAGUUGGAAAAUACUGAAAUAAAUUUUGUUCUCUCUUA